GCGGAGUCAACUGGACGUGCAGCCAAGCUAAACACGAAAAGCACGGCCAUGGCGACCAGUGUCUACCUCCCCUCGUCAUUCGCCACCAGCGCCACCGCCGUUCGCGGCAUCACAUCUCUCGUCACCACUUCGCGCCCCCGCCGCCGCUGCCUUCCGCGCAGCCAGCGCCGUCUCUACCCUCUCGGCCGUUCCCCCGCGGCGAUGGACGCCUUCCACGUAUCGUCGACCCAGGCCGCCGAGCCGCUUCUCCACGCCGCCGCCGCUCACCGCCGGCUCCGCGUGCGGACGCACGCGCAGGGCGCCGAGGAGUUGCCCUCGACGGAAGCCGGAGAUGGAGCGGCCGCGGAGGCGGGUUACUCGCUGGCAUCCAUCAUCCUCCCGUUCGUGUUCCCCGCAUUGGGUGGUCUCCUUUUCGGUUAUGACAUUGGCGCAACUUCUGGAGCGACCAUAUCCGUGCAUUCUGCUGAUCUCAGUGGCACCACUUGGUUCAACCUCUCAUCCGUGCAGCUAGGGCUUGUGGCAAGCGGUUCACUUUAUGGUGCUCUUGGUGGAUCUAUUCUUGCAUACCGCAUUGCAGAUUUUUUAGGAAGAAGGAUAGAAUUGGUUACGGCAGCUGCACUAUAUAUUUCUGGUGCUUUGGUCACUGGAUUUGCCCCUAAUUUUGUAGUUCUGAUCAUAGGCCGUCUGCUUUAUGGCGUAGGUAUUGGUUUGGCAAUGCAUGGUGCUCCUCUUUAUAUUGCAGAGACUUGUCCCCCAAAAAUACGUGGAACAUUGAUAUCUUUGAAGGAGCUGUUUAUUGUAUUAGGAAUACUGUUUGGAUACCUCGUAGGGAGCUUUGAAAUUGAUGUUGUAGGAGGAUGGCGAUACAUGUUUGGUUUGAGUGCUCCGUUGGCAGCUAUAAUGGCUGUUGGUAUGUGGAGUUUACCACCUUCACCUAGAUGGUUACUUCUGAGGGCAGUGCAAGGAAAAAGUCCUCUGGAAACUAACAAAAAGAAGGCAUUCCUUGCCCUAAGAAGACUGAAAGGUGUCUCACCAAGUGACAUGGUUUUGAAAGAGGAGAUUGAGAAUAACCUCGUCUCGAUUAAGGCUGCCUAUGCAGAACAAGGAUCUGGAGGAAACAUUUUAGAGAUAUUUGAGGGAGCAAGCUUGAAGGCCUUCAUUAUUGGAGGAGGAUUGGUUCUGUUCCAGCAGAUAACAGGCCAGCCAAGCGUUUUGUACUAUGCAACCUCCAUUCUUCAGACUGCUGGGUUUUCAGCUGCAUCUGAUGCUGCAAAAGUGUCAAUUUUGAUUGGGCUGUUCAAGUUUGUGAUGACAGGUGUUGCGGUAUUUAAAGUCGACGAUCUUGGAAGACGGCCAUUAUUGAUUGGAGGUGUCAGUGGAAUUACCGUUGCACUGUUCCUACUAGCAGCUUACUACAAGAUUCUGAGCGGCUUCCCAUUUGUUGCUGUUGGUGCUUUACUUCUAUAUGUUGGCUCUUACCAGGUGUCGUUUGGUCCAAUAAGUUGGCUAAUGGUCUCUGAGAUCUUUCCGCUCCGAACAAGGGGACGUGGAAUCAGCCUUGCAGUACUUACAAAUUUUGGUUCAAAUGCAUUAGUGACAUUUGCCUUUUCACCCUUGCAGGGAUACCUUGGGCCAGCCAACAUCUUCCUUCUUUUUGGAGCGAUAUCGCUGCUCGCCCUCGUGUUUGUUAUCCUGAACGUUCCAGAGACCAAAGGCCUGAGCUUGGAGGAUAUUGAAUCCAAGAUCCUGAAGUGAAAAUGAUAGCUGACAUUCUCUAGCCUCUUCCCUGGCUGUUCGCAGGAUCAAAGCGCACCUCGGUUUUCAUCACUUUACGCUUGAUUUCUCUCGGCGUGAAGUCAUUUCUGAUGGUUCUCUUUGUGUAAAUGUGCAAUUGAUGUAGUUGUAAAUGCAUCUGUAGCUCUACCACUCAUGACCACGCCUCAGUUGUCUUGGCCUGCUCUUUCUCAAGCAGCUGUCAUGUUGUGUUGAUACCUGUAAUUCUGAUGUUACUGUUAAAUAGUGUAUGCAUGUUAUACACGGGAGAGUCCCAUAUCAACUGUACCAAAUUUUUCUAAACAUGACACGUCUAGAUACAUGCAAUAUUUUGACACUUAA